AUGGUAAUUAAUAAAGAUUUAUGUGAAAAAAGCAAAAACCACAAACAUGAAGAUAAUUACUACCAGAGAGAUGAGUGCAAUGACUUUUUUUAUGAUGAUGAAUACUACGAAGCAUAUCAUAAAAAUAAUAACCCACCACCACCACAACAACAACAAAAUCCACCACAAUCAUCACAACAACAACAACCACCACAAUCGCAAUCGCCACCACAAUCAUCACAACAACAACAAAAUCCACCACAAUCAUCACAACAACAACAACCACCACAAUCAUCACAACCCCAACCAAAACACACUUCAUCAAUUCCUGAUUACAAAAAACUAUUUCGGGCAAUGGAUGAAUAUGAAAAAUUACAACAAGAACAAUCAGAAUCACCAUCACAACAUCAACAUCAACAUCAACAACAACACCAACAACAUCAACAACAACAUCAACAUCAAGCAAAACCAUCAACACAACAACAAAAUCAACCACAACAACAAUCAACUCCAAAUAUAAAUUCACAAAUUAUUGAUAGCCAAGGUCAAAAUAGUGAACCAAUGGAUAUCAACUCAAGUGUAGCCGACUAUGCCGCAUUAUCACGUUUAUAUGAUCGUUUGGAGCUCUACAAUUUGGAGAACAGUAGGGAUAUUCCAGGCGAUGGAAACUGUCAGAUGUAUGCUUUAUCUGACCAAAUUUUCGGUGACUUAAAUCAUGGUCCCGAAAUUAGAAGAGCUAUUGUUGCAUGGCUCAGAAAUAAUAAAAACUUCACCCUUAAAAACGGUGCAAAAUUAUGCCAAUUCGCAAAUACUAAUAAUUGGGAUAGAUAUUGUGACCGUAUGUCAAGAAAUGGUACUUGGGGUGAUCAUUUGACUUUACUUGCUGCUUCUGAAUUAUUGAAAUCUCAAAUUACAAUAAUUUCAUCAGUUCAAUCUGAAAGCGGCUCUUUAAUUGAAAUCAUACCAAGUUCAAUUCAUAAUAGUAGAGAAAUUUUAUUAUCUCACCAUGCAAAACAUUAUGGCUCAUUGCGUUCAAAACCAUAA